GACGGCUGGCCUUAACAAUGGGGAUGUCUCGGCGGAGGCCCCAGGAAGCUCGCGCUGGAACAGGAAAGAGAGGCGGAGUCCGCAACGAGAGGAAACGGCCGGGGAACAAGGCGACGCCCGGCCGGGCCCGUGUGACCCCCGUCACUUUUUUCACCAGCUCGGCUCCGUGCGACGUUUCUGGCUAUGCGCUGAGAUCUCGGACCGCGGUCAUCUUCGCGGGGCGGCGGGAGGCAACGUUUUGGGAAGCUGGCGCCAUGGCUCCACUGGACUUCCUGUGCUGGAGAGCUGCCACGCUGCUGCUGCUGCUGCCGCCGUUUCCCAACGGCGUGGCGUGCGUGUCGGUGCACAUGCCCAACGAGGGGCCCAUGUACGUCAUCCCGGGCGCCGCCCUGGUCCUCCGCGCCCACAUCCAAUACGGGUCUCCGGACGAGCUGAUGGGCGUCACCUGGGAGCGGGAGCCCGAAAGCGGGGCCCCCGGCGGGCGGGCCGCGCUGGCCACCUGCCCUGGGGGUGGCGCCCCGCAGCCCGUCCAGUGCGCCUCCACUCAUCCCAACGUGCGCGCCAGCGUGGAACAGCAGACCAGCAUCCUGCACGUCGGCCACUACGCUAAAGCCGACGCGGGCGUCUACGCCGUCAGCGUCACGGGCAAGGCGGGAGAAUCCCGCACGGCGCGCGUCAUCGUGAGAGAAUACGAGGCGGUGCACCACGUGACGGUGAGCAUCAACGUGUCGCAUUCGUCGCUGGUGUGCGGCGAGGCGUGGGGUACCGAGCCUCAGUUCAGCUGGCUGCACGAACGCGACGCCGUCACCAGCAGCGUGGGCCGCGUGUCCCCCGACGGCGCCACCCUGGUGGUCACCAAAGUGCCCAUUUGCGGCCAUUUCACCUGCGUGGUCAGCAACAAGCUGGGCUACAGCUCCGCCACCUACACAGCCGCACCGUGUGAGCCAAGCGGCAUCAGCGGCUCGACAGUGGCUAUCGUUUGUCUGGUGGUGCUGCAGGUCCUAGGAGGAGGCCUGGUAUUCCUACUCUGGAGGAGGUACCGCAACAGGCACCGAGGAGACAGGCUGCGAGAACAUGUGGACGACAACAUUUAAAAGGUGCCAUGAGCGGGAAGACAGCAAACGUCCGUCCUGAAUUUCCGGAAGUCUUUCUGUUGUCGCGAGGGAGGACGUCGAAUGGACUACUUGUCUACCUAAACACUGCCUCCUGCUGGGCCACACUUGACACUGGGUGUUUCAAGCCAAUCAAUCAUCCACCUGGGAACACCAAAUCCAACCCGAGAAACCAGAAACAGACACAAAUGUAGAAAAAUGCAGUGAAGCAUUUUAGCAAAAUGUGACGUUGAAAUUCUCAACUGUUUCUAUGGAAAAUAAAACACAAAUGCUCCGAUGUCA